AUAUGAUGAUUGCAAUAGAUAUAAAAUCGCAAGAAUCUACGUUGAAAUAGUCACAAUAGUUUGAGUUAGUGUUUACACGAAGAGUCGUUAAAAUAAUCCGAAAAAAUAAUUACAAAUCAUGAGUAGCACAGAAGCAUCUACAUCGUGGAACGAUAUUGACUCCGAGCAGAUUGUUAUUUCUGGUAUUGCUGGCAGAUUUCCUGAUUCAGAUAACGUUAAUAAGUUGCGAGAAAAUUUAUUUAAUAAACUUUAUCUUGUUAGAGCAGAUCAUGAGCGAUGGAAACUAGACCAUCCGGAAAUUCCAAGUAAAAUGGGAACAAUUAACAAUAUAAAUAAAUUUGAUGCAAAUUUCUUCGGAUUAUCAUUCGAGCAAGCACACACACUCUCGCCCGAAGCGAGAAUGUUACUGGAAUAUUCUCAUGAAGCAAUAAUCGACGCAGGAAUCAAUCCGAAGCAAUUACGAGGAAAAGAUACUGCUGUAAUUAUGGCGACAUCUUAUACUGAAUUUCAAAAAUUCUCUUUAUACAAUACCACUCAGUUAGGAGGUCACAAUAUUAUUGGAUGUAGCAAAUCUACACUCGCAAACAUGAUUUCAUAUCAUUUCGAUCUGAAAGGACCAUCAUAUGUUGUCGAU